GAUGGCCGCUGUUUCAAACUUAAAAAGUAAACUUAUCAUCUCGAACGUUGUUUUUGUCAGAAGUUAAUUAAACUUAAACUUAAUGUCAGGACAUUUAAAAAAAAAAAAUAUUGCUUUAGCCCUUGGACCCAAGCGAGAAUAGUCUCAAAGGGGUAAACGGAAUUUCCACUUGAAAUAGAAAGAUUUUUUUUUUAUCUCAUUUCAAAAAUUUAAUACGGUUGAGAAAAAAGUAUGGAAUCCCAAGGCUCUGAUGAUUCUUAUACCUUAAAUAAAUAUUUUGAUUUGAGAGAAUCAUUUUCAGAACCUACAACACCACUACUCAAUGGAUUUAUUAUCCGUAACUUGAAAUGCAUGCGUAACCAGAGAAUGGAUGUACAGUGUAAGAGAUUUGCAAAGAAACACUAUUUUAUGAAAGGUACAUCUUGUCACGGUGCGUACUUUAAAAAAUUUGUAGAAGCUGUUUCAGACCUGUUUCAUGAACUCCAGGGCCUCUUAAGAUUUAAGAAAACUGUUAGAUGGAGUGAGAUUGUGGAGCUCUUUAAUACUCCUUUUGCUUUUCAGCCGUCACCAAAGUGUACAUCAUUUAAGCAAUUAUAUAAUGAAAAUCUUGCCCUUAAAGCACUUAAGCCAUUGGAAGAGGCAAGACCUUCAGUGUCCCAGGAUGGUUGGCCAGAAGCCACUUCUACUUGUAAAGAAAACCAGGAAAGUAAUUUUGACUUAAAUGUUGAAGGUAAACUUGAGAAUUCAUCUGAAUUAAGAAAAGAAAUAUGUCCCAUGUGUGAUAGAAGAAAUAAAAAAAUUCUUAAGAGGAAAAAGUGGAUUGAAUUCCUGACCAACAAAUAUGACCCUUCUCAGUUACCUAACAUUAAAACUUUAAGGACCAGAAUUAGCAGAGCUGACUUGAAAAUAGCAGCGUUGAAAUUAAAAAUAAAAGCCAAGUUUGAUAAUGAACAAGAGCAGCAUCAACUAGAGAUUGAACCUCUAGCUAAAGAAUUAAAGUAUCUACAAGACAGCUAUGCUGAGAUGCAAGUUAAAUAUCAGAAUGUUGUACAGGAGCAUCAGGAGAAACAGCUUGAAGCAAAAAGUGAGCUGUCUUGUUCCCAAACUGAGGUAGACAUGCUCAGGGUAGAACUAGCAAGAGCUAAAGCUGAAAACAAGUUGCUUUUGCGCGAGAGAGAAAGAGUAAUUGAACAGUAUGAAGUACUGGUCGUUGAGGGGGCCACUGAUUCUGAAAGUGAUUAGCAUAAUUAUUAUGCUAAUCACUUUCCAAAACCAUUUUCUUUUAUUAUUAAUUAAAUAAAAUUGUUUUGGAAUUCUAUAGGCAAAUGUAUAACAAAUGGUGAAUUAGA